UGCUUAGUAGUGGAUGAGGAUUCUGGCGUUAAGCAUAUGAGAUGAUUUACGCGAAAGUUUUCUCCGUUAAAUUCAAAAACUGUAACAACAAUAACAAUAAUCUCCUUCUUGCGUAACGUAUAUAUACGUAUGUAUACGAAUUUAACGAAUCGUUCAAAACUAUUAUUCAUUGUUUGUUCAUUUAGCAAAAAAAUCCUUUCUCAAGAAUUAAUAAUCGAUCUACCUAGAAAAGGGAAAGCGCGAACGCGACAAUAACGAAAUAUAGGCGUAAAUAAAUUCAAAAAAUAAAAAGCGGAAAACGAAAGUUAAAUUCAUUGUGACAUCGGACAAUAAAUGUUAUUCAAAUUUUCAAUUUUCAUUUUCCAAUAAACAAUUACACAAUUAAUUACAACAAGAAAAAAAACAAUCGCAUAAUAAAUUACAAAAAGUGAAAAAUAUCGGAGCAAUUAAGUGUUGUUGCUUCGGCCGUAUCUCAUCCUCGCUAACACCAGCUUAAAAAGAACCCACACCAUCUCUAUCCGUUGCUGUAAACAAUACUAGCAACAAAGGAAAUAUUAGCAUUAAUUCUGUAACGCCAUCAGAUCGCAAUACAAUUGACGAUGACUUCAACAGUAAGAGAGAAAGCAUUAAUUAAUAGUACAACGCCUUCAAUAUUAUCAAUAGCGUCAAUAUUGCCGGACAAUCGUGAUAAUAACGAUAGUUUGUUAUUUGCAAUGACUUCGGAAGCAGCCAUAUCCACAAGAUCCGCAACAAUGACAGCAACAGCAACAGCAACAACAACAGCAACAGUAACAACAACAACAACGAUAAAGACAACAGCAGCAGCAGCAGCAGUAUCAAUUGAGAAAUUUGAAAAGGUUAAAGUUGCCGAUCUGAGCACAUCUCUGCAACACUUCGGUUGGAUGGACUAUUUCAUCUUUGUUUUAAUGUUAGUAGUGUGCGCAAUAGUCGGUAUAUAUUUUGGUUUCAUUGAGAAAAAGCAAAAAGGAAGCAAACGAAGUUUGGAACACCGCCGUGGCUCAGAAGCUUUGGACUAUUUAGUGGGCGGACGUAAAAUGAAAGUAGUGCCUGUCUCGUUGUCCUUAGUCGCCAGUUUUGUUUCGGGCAUAUCGCUAUUGGGCACCUCGACCGAAAUCUACGUUUAUGGCACACAGUACGCGUUUAUUUUAAUAACCUUAGCGAUAUCAGGCGUUGUGUCAUGGUAUGUCUUCUUACCGGUUUUCUAUAAUCUACAAUUGACUUCAACCUAUGAGUAUUUUGAGAUGCGGUUCGGUAAAGCCAUACGCCUGUUUGGGUCGACUUUAUUCUCAGUUGGGACGAUUACCUGGUUACCUAUAGUGAUUUAUGUGCCAGCUUUAGCAUUUAAUCAAGUUACCGGAAUUAAUAUUCAUAUUGUUACUCCUGUCGUAUGUGUAGUUUGCAUAUUCUACACUACCGUGGGCGGAUUGAAGGCAGUUGUUUGGACCGAUGUCAUACAAACGGUGAUUAUGAUUGGCGCCAUCAUAUUCAUUAUCGUUAAAGGCACUAUUGAUAUCGGUGGUUUUCAUGUGGUUUGGCAGCGUAAUUACGAUAGCGGACGCAUAGAGCUACCCGAUUUUACGUGGGAUCCUACUGUACGGAUUUCAAUGCUCUCGAUAUUCGUCGGUACGACUUUAUACUUUAUACAAGUGUGUUGCGGCAAUCAGGUGAUUGUUCAGCGGUAUCUCUCGUUGCCUAGUAUGAAACAAGCAAAGUUGGCAUGUGUUCUAUUUACAGGCGGUGUUAUAUUGUUUUACCUCAUAACAUUUUAUAACGGUUUACUGAUAUUUGCAACUUAUCACGAUUGUGAUCCGCUAAGUACAAAGUUAGCUAAAGCUAAAGAUCAAUUGGUACCGUUGAUGGUAAUGGAAACGUUACGCUUCUUACCAGGCAUGCCCGGCUUAUUUGUGGCGGGAGUUUUCAGUGCUGCUUUAAGUUCUUUGUCGACUGGCUUGAAUUCUUUGGCAGCUGUCUUCUUAGAAGAUUAUAUAAAACCUUCACGAGUAACUCCGCUAAGUGAAAGGCAAACGGCGAUCAUAAUGCGUAUAUCGGUUGUACUGAUUGGUACGUUAUGUGUUGCGCUUGUGUUCGUUGUCGAACAUUUGGGUCAUGCGGUGCUGCAGCUAUCGAUAACAUUGGGCUCCGUUACUUGUGGUCCCUUAUUGGGCUUAUUUUUAAUGGGACUAUUAGUUCCAUGGAUAAACGCUAAAAGCGCUAUGUCAGGAAGUAUUAUCUCGACUGCGGUAAUGACUUGGAUUUGUGUGAAGGGACAAAUGGCUUUGGCAUCUGGUGAACUGGUGUACGCCGAAAAGCCCGUAACUACCGCGGGCUGCACCUAUGACUUUGAACCUAAAGCACAACUUAACAGCACUUUGCUCAUGGACGAUAGCUCGAAAACCGUAUCGGAGUACAUAUAUCACAUGUCUUUCACAUUCUAUGUUACUGUGGGCUGUUUGGUUUCAAUUAUUUCUUCAGGCUUAUCAACUAUAAUCUUCGGACGUAAUAAUCCCUCCGAAAUGGAUAAGAAAUUGUUUGCUCCUUGCAUACGAUCUUUUAUAAAGCCGUCGCCGUACCAAAGUGUGUGCAAAGAUGAACAAACUGUAAUUCAUUUGAAAAACGAUUUGAAAUUGUCGUCGAAAGACUUUAGGCCUUAACGCGUGCUUCUGCAUGCGUUUGUGAUUGUAUUUUAUAAGCAUUCACAGAAUUGUUAUUACAUAAGUAGAAGAAAUAAUGUUUUUAAUAAAUGGAAGAGACCACCAAUUACAAAACUAAGUUGAAAAUA